AUGGAUCCAAUACAGCCUCCUUUCCUCUUCCGCAUCGACGAGAUCUCAGAACGCUCGGAUAUAGUCCCCCCUCGGCUGGACAAAGAAGGAAGAUGGAAUCCCUCUAGCAAACCUGGUUCACAUAUUAGGACGGCUGGAGGAGUCUCCGGGCAGUGGUUCUAUCUGGAUGGACAAUCGAUACGACAGAUAGAUGCGUUGCCCGAGACGGGUUGUGAGCAUCAUUCGACCAUGAGUGUCUAUUAUUCUGCAGGAUUAGGAUUUUGGAUCAUGAAAGGAGAUGCAACUGCUAUUGCAGAUGAGCGUGAAAGCGCCUGGCAUACUCCUAAAUUCGACCACAUAAGUCGGGACUACUCGUCCUUCAUCACGUACCAGGGCCCGAACGUGAAUCUCCGAAUCCAGAGGAGCGACCAAACCUGGCCUGCCUUCCUGCUCCCAGACAUAUACCACACGUCCGAGCGAACGGACGCAAAACACCUUGGAGGAUUGACGGGAGAAUUGCCAAUUUUUAUUGCCUUUUUGGCUUUGGCAACAAGGCCCGAAUGGCUUGCCAAUGCGAUACCAAUACUAUUCUCGGAGGGAUCGUGGAAGGUCCAUUCCUAUGUAUCUCCGCGACAACACAAGAGAGGAGUUGUUGUGAGCGUAUACAGCGCGCCUUUCACCUGGAAUGGUGGAUCGAACAAGGCUACGUUGACACAAUACGAAGAUGGAGAUUCUGGGAACUUCUUCUCCUGA